AUGUCGCAAUCACGUCCCGUGGCUCCUCUUGCCACGGUCCUCAAAUCGAGGCUCAGGCAGCCCCAGUUCUACUGGUUUUUGGGCCAUUUUCUGACACUGUAUUACUACGCACGCUACUGUCUGUCAUUUUCGCAGAGGUCAAUUCGUUACAACUACCCGCGGGUGCUGUUCUUCAUAUCGCUGACGUACGGAAUCGUGCUGUACCAGUUCUACAAGUCGGGCCAGCUGACGCUCAAAACGGUCCGGCAGCAGCUGCGCACGCUCGACAACCUGCAGUAUUUCGGCAUGGCGCUUGUACUGUUCGCGUGCUCGAGCGCACACGUCGUUUUCGGCGCCCUCUCGUCGCCCGUCAUCUUCUCCUUGUUCCACUCCCUCAACUACUUCAAGGAAAACCUGCUGCCCUUCUUACCUGUCGCGCCCAUGCUCAAGGCCGCUAUCGCCGACCGGAUCGCGUUUUUCAUCACCCACUACAACGAGAAGUUUCUGGUAUUUGCGCACAACUUCGAGAUCACCGCCGCCUUGCAAUGCGGUCUCAGCGUACCGGGCUCGCUUGCCGGGUGCCUGAUCAGAUUCAACACCGCGCGUGUUCUUCGUGUCGUCAGCAUCUAUGCAUACAUCUUUUUCUUCAAGCUCAGAUACACGCAGAGCCCUCAGAUGAAAACCCUGUUCCAGCAGCACUACGUCGCGCGCGCCGAUGCAUUUAUACAAGCAAGACUUCCACAGUUCUGGACCAAAUGGCAUGGGUUGAAACUACUGGUGGCAACACUUUUCGAUAGAAUUCCGCUUUGA